UUUACUGUUGGACUAUUGUUUCUGCUCCGCUGCUCGUCCGGUUCAAGUUGCUACGGUGCAAUGCUCAGCACAGACGACACCGGCACAACUACUCGAGAAGCUAUCCCAGCUCUGUAUCACCGUGACCAGUAGCAGUGCUAAUACCAGUGGUGGACGUGUUCUUAGGCCACGAGAAGGUGAACGGUUAAUUCUUUACUUGAGAGAUUUGAAUCUGCCCAAACCGGAUAAAUGGGGCUCCUGCCAACUGACCGCAUUCUUACAGCAGCUGCUCACUUAUCACGGAUACUACGAUCCCAGCAGUUUAGAAUUUGUUGGUAUCGAAGGCAUUCAGUUCGUAGGCAGCUUCACUCCAGCUACAACUUCCGCCGGACUGGGACGAUAUCACCUUUCCGCACGAUUUACCUCUGCGCUGCGGUUGGCUGUUAUUAAUUAUCCUGAUAGGGAGCAACUGAUUGCUAUUUAUUCCAUACUACUUCAGGCUGUUGUGUUCUCAGCUGCUUGCCGCAUAAGUCCAAUGGAAUCAUCGGGGAAACGGUUCGAUCGCAGUUCCAAAUCGACUGAUGCUAACAUGCCACUGAUUUCCGCUUCCAGGCUACAUGUUAUGGCCACAAUCAUGGUGGAUCUCUUGAGCGCAGUCCAACAGAAUUUUCGUGCAGAUGAACAUGCCCAUUGUGUGUUCACACCGCAUGUGCUCACCGCAUGGACUGCUGCAUUAUGGCGUUACGAUCAAUUGCGUGGUAAUGAUGCAAACGCAGUCUGGGCCAUCUUUGGCUAUGAGGCUCGUCGACUGUUUCGAGACCGGGUUCCAGGAGAGCGAUCACGAGGCAAAUUCGACACACUGUUCACUGGUCUUUUGUACAAUCAUCUGACGGGAUCGGAUGCGAAUCCAACGGAGGUAAAUAGAUCGCGUUCGGACAGAAAAUAUCACAACGGUCCUUCGGCAAAUCUUCAGCUUGCAUUGAAGUUUGCUACCGGUGAAAUAGAUGAGGAUUGGGAAGAUGAAGGUGGCAACACUCCCUUGGAGGAUCAGGGAAAGGCCAAAAAUGCUCUCAUGGAAAAUGGAGAUUUGAUUCAUUCUAUGGGUUGGUUUACGACUUGGGGUGCGGUGGAUCCUGUACCUGCCGGAUGUCCNUUGCAUGGUCGGCCUUUAGGAUUUUCCAAUUCUGAGCAAACUCGAGAUACCAUACAACGGGGAAUUAUUCAGCUAUCCAGAGAACACUGUCCAAGAUCAGCCGACUGGGUCUUGUUUCCCGAGUUCCUCGAUCUUGUGUGCCGUCUGGAUAGAGCAAUUAGUCGUCCUGCUGGUUCCGUGUUGCUUGCAGGUCGAGCUGGAAUCGGAAGGCGGUCAGCUCUGACACUGGUUGCUCAUUUACAUCAACUGCAUGUGUGUCAUUUGCGAGUGGGGCGAGAUUAUGGCAUGCGGCAGUUUACAACGGACANCAAAGCGGCUUGCCAAACAGCCGGUUUGGAAGACAAGCCAACUUUGCUGUGCAUUGAGGAUCAACAAAUCACUCAAGAAGGAAUACUAGAAAUCAUCAACAGUCUUUUAGCCAGUGGUGAAGCUUUGGGUAUCAUGGGAAGCGAGGAGCUUGAUGCACUUGCCUCCACUGUCACACCAUCUAGUGGGAUCAGUUUGCGUGAGGCUGCGGCAGAUGCUGGACAUCGGGGACCGUUGACCUCAUUUUUCGCAAGUCGAGUGCGGGCCAAUCUUCACAUUGCCUUGGUCUUAGACACCGAUGAUCAUGAACGGUUUACCAGCUGGCUUCGAGCGAAUCCGUCAUUUUAUAAACAUUGUGCUACACAGUGGUUAGAUAGAUGGACCCAACGCACACUACUUCAGCUCCCUGGUUUGAUCAUACCGAGUCUGAACUCUCACAGAGAACCCUCAAACUUUGUUCAAGGAUUUGCUGUGUGUCAUACCAACGCUCCCCAUAGCCAACUUGCCACUCCACGACGUUAUUGGGCUUUAUGCGCCGCUCGAAUUGAAAAGACUCAUCGUGUCCAGCUCGAGGCUCAAAUCUCCCGACUCCAGGCCGGGUUGACCAAACUGCGAGAAGCCCGUGAACGUGUGAGCCAGCUGAAGAAAUGCGCAGCGGAUCAAGGUAUUCAGCUGACAGAAAAACAAACAGCCGCAGACAAGGCGUUGGAACAGAUUAGUGCAGCCAUGCAAGGUGCGGCACAACAACGUACCGAGAUGGAAAUGUUGCGUACACGUGUCUCCCAAGAAUCAAAGAAUCUGGAACGGCGAAAAGCAGCUAUCGAUUCCGAACUGGCUGAGAUCGAACCCCUCGUACAACAAGCUCGUGCAGCUGUAGGAAGUAUCAAACCAGAAGCCUUGUCAGAAAUUCGUGCUUUACGGGCCCCACCAGAUGCGAUUCGUGAUAUUCUUGAGGGGGUACUUUUGCUUAUGGGAAUCCGGGACACGUCUUGGGUCAGUAUGCGUGGAUUCCUGGCCAAACGCGGGGUACAAGAAGAGAUAUUGAACUUCGAUGCACGAAAAAUCAGUCCGGAGCUUCGUUCAAGUGUUGAACGACUGUUAGCCAAAAAUGAAGAUUCAUUCGAUCCAAAGAUCGCCAGGAGGGCGUCCGUGGCGGCUGCCCCACUCGCCACAUGGGUCCGUGCAAAUGUACAGUAUGCGGUAGUCUUGGAACGUAUUGCUCCACUUGAGGCUGAACAAGCUCAACUUCGCAGUUCUCUUGCUCAAACCGAAUUCGCAUUGACCCGAUUGGCCGAGGAUUUGGCCGGAGUGGACUCAAAGGUGGCUCAAUUGCGCACCGUUUUUGAGCAACACACCUCGGAAGCUACUCGGCUCAAAGUAGAACUGGACAAAGCCAAAGAGACCCUGACUUCUGCUGAAGCCUUAGUUGGUGAACUGGAGGGCGAGCAUGCUCGUUGGAAAAACCAGGUUUGUUCCAGUUCCAUCCCCUGUUAUUAA